GUGUUUGUCUGCGUGUUUGAUUAUGUUUUUAUUUCACUUCCAACUUUGUAUUGCCUGCUCGCUCGCACUCGGUUGCACUCUCACUUGUUUAGCGUUUCGUGCUCUGGCACGUUUCACUGUACCCCGCCAAUUUAUCAUUUUUUUUUUCUUUGAUUUUUUUCAUAUUUAAGCCGCGACGAGCGCCACUUGCCCAUGCAAUUCCAUUUCUACUACAGACGCUGCUGGAGCGCUGCAAGAAACAAUAAAACGGCGAAAAAACUGCGCGUUGUUUACACAAUUAAAAAGAGUUAAAAAAUAAAAAGCAAAAAACACACAUUUCCAGAAAAAACUAACAACUAUAAUAAUAAUCAAAACAAAAUCUGGCAACAAGGUGUUAAGCUCAGCGUGCCAAAAUGCAUUUGCCCCGAGGCGCAUUAAGUUUGCUGUUUAUCACUUGCAUGAUGUUUGCCCUGACAAGCGGCCAUCCAUCAAACGAGAAGCUUAAGAUACGCAUCCAUGUGCCAGUGAAGCAUCAUACGCAUGUGCACACGAACACGGUGAUAAAGAAGGUGCCGUUGCCCAUCCCGGUGCCGGUCAAGGAGCACAAGGAGCCAAAGAAGCAUCAUCGCAGCAGUCAUAGCCAUCAUCAUUAUCAUCAGCAGGAUGAGCUCGAUGAUGAUUUCGAGGGUUACGAUUAUCCCGUCAAGGCCAAGCGGCGCACGCGGCAUCCUUUUGUCUAAUAAUGUCCACGUGUGGGCGUCACGCAUUGUGGGCGUGUCAUCAACAUGAGAACCAAACGACCACUCACACACACACACUCCUACACACUCACACACACAUACGUAAUUUUCGCAUAUUAAGCAAAUAUAAACCAAAAUAAUGAUCGAAUGAAAUGGACAAGUCUUACUAAAGCAAAGAUAUAUAGACAGAUAUAUAUGUAUAUAUUUAACUGGGUGUGAUUUGUCACUGUUUAGACAAUAAGCGAUGCCUUUUCUGUGCAAUAAACAAAUAAAUAAAAGUAUUUUAUUUAAGCAACACUU